AUAUCAGGGGAUACAGGAAUACCAGUAAUUUUCCCCAAGUAGAUUUCACAGCCUGGUCACCAGAAGCAGGGUCUGGUCUGGACUUUUUGUGUCUUGUCCCUUUCUCAGCGAUUUACAAGCCCAUCUACAGACAGACAGACACACCAGGGAAGGUCAAAGUCAGUGUUACACAUAGGCAGCAGAGACAGAAGAAAUUCAAAUGUAGCAGCACUGUAGGAAACUAUAUUGCAGAUGAAAGAAGGUUACAGAAUGCUGCUAAUGAGAAUGACCUUAAUGCAGUGGUUGAAUUGCUUGAAGAUGGAGUAGAUCCAUGUUGUUCAGACAACAAACAAAGAACUCCUCUCCAUUUUGCCUCAUCUCAGGGAUAUGAAAAAGUUGUUAAAGCCUUGCUGGACAAGGGUGCAGAUCCAAACCAGAAAGACAUUCUUGGAAAUACACCUCUUCACCUAGCUGCUUGCACAGGUCAAGUCCCAGUGGUUACUCUAUUGCUGAAAGCAGGAACAAAUCUGAAGUCUGUGGAUAGACAUGGCAGAACUCCAUUAAGUGUAGCAAAAUCACGACUCCGAUUCCUGAGUGAAGAAAGAGAGUAUUCCUCACAAAGGGUUAAGGACGAAACUCUAGAGAUUGGGGAAAUGAUGAGGGCAUAUUUAAACAUUUCUGGACUGCACCAGGAGGCAGAACAGAUAGAUCAGCUGUGUCACCAGUUACAGGGUGUGUCGACACGGGAGGAAGUGGACCACCUUAAUUCUCUCUUCACAGACUUUGCAAGUCUCAAUAUCGAAAAAUCACAGAACAGGACAUAGCUGUGUGUUCAGCAUUUCAUCUGAACAUUAUUGCAUUACAUCGGCCACAGUAUUUGUCAUCUGAAUGUUAAAGCAUUUCAUUGAAUACAAUGUUUUUUUUAUAUGGGAAUUGCUGCCUAUUUGUUUGAAUGUGAUGUAUAUAUGUAGAUUUCAAUUUGUUUGUAUUUGUAUAAUAUGUUAUGAAUGAAUGGUGUACAAAAUUUUCAUUUGAAGAAUGUCACUAGAUGUUUACCAAUAAAUCAGGAUUCAAAUCUU